CAUCUUCCGUCGCCGAGCGCAGGUCGCAGGUCGCUCGUUUGCAUGACGAGUGUCAGCAGCAGGGCAGCGCCAGUCCAGUUCACACGCCGCGCGCAGCCAGUCAUCGACACAAUGCCCCUUUCUACUUUAACAAAACGAAAAGUCGACGCAGAAAACCGGCAAAUCCAGAAUAUCACGGCACGGUGAACUGCAAAAAUCUGCCUUUCUAUUGAUCACUAAAUAACCCUCAACCGAGAGCACGAUGGUGCACAAUUUCUCCGACUGUGAGCGGUUCCAAAUUGCCCUGCUGCCCUCGGUGUACGGGGUUGAGUUCAUCGUGGCCCUGACAGGAAACCUGUUUGCCCUGUGGCUGCUGGUGGUCAGAGAGAGAAGGAACUGGCACACCGGCGUCGUCUUGUCCUGUAACCUGGCCAUCAGCGACCUGCUCUACAUCCUCACCCUGCCUCUGCUGAUCGUCUACUAUUCGCUGGGGAAACACUGGGUGUUCGGCGACGCCGCGUGUAUAAUCGAGAGGUUUCUCUUCACCUGCAACCUCUACGUGAGCAUUUUCUUCAUCAUGGCGAUAAGCAUGAACCGGUGCGUGGCCCUCGCGUGUCCCUUCUUCACCCGCUCCCAUGUGCGGCCUGCCCACGCCAAAGCCGCCAGCGUCAUCAUCUGGGUCGUCGUGGGAGGCAUUUCCGGCCCCGUGUUGAAAUUUGCAACUGUUUGCCACAAUGUGCAUACUGAUAAGACUCUGUGCGUGUCCUUCUGUGACCAGAAUCCUGCGGAUGAGAUCCCUCACUUCACUUACAAAGUGUUUCUGGCAGUGUUUGGCUGUCUGGUUCCCUUCGUGGUUACUUUCGCUUCCUAUUGCGUGGUGAUUUGGGUGGUGUGGAAAAAUGUCAGUAUUACCUCGCUGGAGAAGCGCAAGGUGGCUCUGUUGGUCACAUCGGUGCUCGUGCUGUACGCCGUUUCCUUUGUGCCGUACCACGUCUUUCAGACCUACCACUUGUACCUGAGGGUCCGCUAUCCAGACAGCUUUGUCUGUUGGGUCUACACCAUGUACCAAGUGUCCAAGGGCCUGGCAAUCCUCAACAUGUGCAUCCACCCAAUCCUGUACAUGGCUUUGUUUGACAGUAUAAGAGUGGCGUGUUGUGGGAAGAGCUCAGAGGACAACGGCGGUGUGGUGAUGAGAAAGUAAGAGCUGCUGCCCGCCAGCUUUUCUGUGAUGCACAUCCUUGUUUCAUUUUUGAGAAAUUUUGUAUUCUGCAAAGAAAUUAUUUCCACAGAAGAUCUUGCGCUUAAUGCUUGACAACAUUUUUCUUAUUACCAUUUCCCUGUAUUAUCCACUUUGAAACAUAACCUUUUGUAAUAAAAAAAACCCCACCUUUGAUUAUCA